AUGGAAUGGGUAGCGAACCGUUGGACCGGCGUUGCGGCGGCGAUAUGGAUCCAAUCCAGCUGCGGUGCAUCGUACACCUUCAGUAUCUACUCUCCGAUCCUUAAAUCAACACAAGGCUACGAUCAAUCAACACUCGACACUGUUUCCGUCUUCAAAGACAUCGGUGCUAACUUCGGUGUUCUCGCCGGCCUCCUUUACUCCGCCGUCACACCUUAUCGUGACCGAUCACCGCCAUCUAAGUGGAGUUCACUCGGUGGUCCUUGGAUUGUUGUGGCGGCUGGUUCUGUUCAGUGUUUCGUGGGGUUUUUCUUCAUUUGGGCUUCUGUUGUGGGCUUGAUCCAUCAGCCUCCUGUUCCUCUCAUGUGCUUUUUCGCUUGGCUUGCUUCUAAUGGUCAAACUUUUUUGAACACUACCAAUGUUGUUACUGGUUUGCGUAAUUUUCCUCAUUAUGGUGGCACCAUCAUUGGUAUCAUGAAGGGUUUUGUUGGGCUUAGUGGAGCUAUCCUGAUUCAACUGUAUCAUGCUUUUUUUGAUGGUGAACCAGCCACCUUCCUUUUGAUGAUAGCUUGCUUACCUGCAAUCAUCUGCAUGUUAUUUAUGUUUUUGUUGAGAAUCUAUGAAGUGCAAGAUUAUGAUUACAAAAAGCAUUUGGAUGGUUUCUCCGUGGUCACAGUCAUCAUUGUUGUGUAUCUCAUGUUCAUAAUAGUUCUGCAGAACUUCGUGAGCUUACCAUAUUGGGCACGGGCUUUUACAUUUGUGGUCCUUAUGGUUCUACUAGCAUUGCCGUUUGGUAUUGCUGCGAAAGCUCAUUUGGAGGACUCGAAGAUACUUUCACAAGGUAGGUCUAUUGAGACUGCUGCCCCUACAAUAGAAUACCAAGAGCUUCCUAGAGUGGAGGUGCAAGUACCAGAUACUUCAGAUGAUAUGUUGCCCAUUGAGGUAGAAAUGAACAUAUUACAAGCUAUAUGUACCAUUGAGUUUUGGAUGUUGUUUGUGACCAUGAUAGCCGGUUUGGGUUCUGGGCUUACGGUGAUAAAUAAUAUGAGCCAAAUAGGACAAUCUUUUGGGUAUAGUUAUAUUGAGAUUAGCAAUAUGGUGUCAUUGUGGAGUAUGUGGAAUUUUCUCGGGCGUUUUGGUGGUGGCCAUGUGUCCGAUUAUAUCAUGCACGAAAGAGGUUGGCCGCGGCCCCUGUUGUUGAGUGUAACUCUGGGGAUUACAAUUCUUGGUCAUUUAAUCAUAGCUUCUGGUUUCCCUGGAAAUUUUUAUUUGGGUCCUGUCCUGGUGGGAAUAUGCUAUGGUACAAAUUGGUCCUUAAUGCCAAUAAUCACUUCUGAGAUAUUUGGGGUGAAGCACAUGGGUACCAUUUUCAACGCGAUUGCUGCAGCUAGUCCACUUGGGUCCUAUAUACUUUCUGUGAGAGUUGUUGGAUAUAUAUAUGACAAGGAAGCCAAUAUAGAAAACUCCUGCUUUGGCAUCCACUGUUUCAUGUUGUCGUUUCUGAUCGUGGCCGGUGUCUCUUUUCUAGCAUUUUUGGUCAGUCUAGCAUUGUAUUUCCGGACCCGAAGAUUCUAUAAGCUAGUUGUACUUAGAAAAUUAAAACAUUAUGCAAGAUGA